AUGGCUACAGCUGUCUGCUGCUCGAGGUCGGCCUCAGCCUCCCUGCGCCGUUUUUGGCCUUUCGAUCUGGCCAUUUUUUUUUUCUUUCUGUUUGUCUGUUGCUGGUUUGGGAUGAUAUGGAGUGCGGGACGGACUCAGCUUGAGCCUUCCAGGAAAUCGUCAUUGAACUUCGAUGUCCCUGAAGAAGCCCCCGACAACGAGCUCCGUACCCAGGUCGCCGCCGUCUUUCGCGAGGCACAGCGCAACACUGCGACCCACCGCAAGGCUGCAGUCACCCUGCGCAAGCUACAGGAAGCGUGCUGCUACGAACCCACCACAGCCAAGAAGGCUGCUGCUGCCGACUUCGACGAGAAUGACUUCAACAGCGAGUUCGUGCGCUGCGUGCUGCGCCUCAUGCCCGUCAAGAAGAGCGAGGCCGUUGGCGAGAGGACCAUCCGGUUCGUGGGCGUGUUUAUGAGGCACUCCAUCGACAAGGAUAACGAGCUUGCCGGCGAGGUGGAUGAGGAUGCCAGCACGAUGCCAGAAACCCCAAGCACCAGGCUCACUGCCAGGCUGAUGGAGGCAGUGCUGCCCCUGAUGAUGGCCAAGGACAAGUUUGUCAGAUACCGAUCCACCCAGCUCAUCUCACACAUCGUCAACUCCCUCGACGCCAUCGACGACGACCUCUUCCAGAAACUGCGCUACGGACUGCUCAAGAGGAUCCGCGACAAGGAGGCUAUGGUGCGCGCACAAGCUGUCCUGGGUCUUGGCAGGCUAGCAGGUAACCAGAUCGAGGCCGAGGCUAAUUCGGACGACAGCGACGGAGAUGAGGCCAGUGGCCUGCUGGAGAAGCUUCUCGAGGUGCUUCAAAACGAUCCCAGCGCCGACGUGCGGAGAUCGCUCCUCGUAAACCUUCCGAUCCUGCCCAACACACUCCCCUUCCUGUUGGAGAGGGCAAGAGACCAAGAUGCCAUGACACGAAGGGCAGUUUAUUCUCGUCUGUUGCCGGCUCUCGGAGACUUCCGCCACCUGUCGCUCUCUAUGAGAGAGAAGCUGCUGCGAUGGGGUCUCCGAGACAGAGACGAGACAGUCCGUAAGGCGGCGGGUAGGCUCUUCCGCGAACGGUGGAUCGAGGAUUGCGCCGGCGCGCCGCCUCUGAACGAAGAGGGACAGCCUGCCGAGGUGCCUGCGCCUAGCUUCGACGGGCUUCUCGAGCUCCUGGAGCGCAUCGACGUUGUCAACUCUGGCGUCGAGAACGGCGUCGCGCUCGAGGCCAUGAGGGGUUUCUGGGAGGGCCGCCCCGAUUACCGCGAGGGUGUCACAUUUGACGACAACUUCUGGGAGACCUUGUCGGCAGAGUCUGUCUUCAUGGCUCGAAGCUUCAACGAGUUCUGCCGCAACGAGGGCAACGGCAAGUACGAGGAUCUGGUCGAGGAGAAGCUCCCCGAGGUCACCAAGCUCGGGUUCUACCUGGAGCGAUAUGUCAAGGUCCUGGUAGAUGCCCUCAAGAGGAUAUCCCAGCAGCAAGAGGAGCUCGACGAGGAGGAUGAAGAGGAAGACACGGUGGAGCAGGAGUUCAUUGUCGAGCAGCUCUUGCACAUCGCCAUGACCCUGGACUACUCCGACGAGGUCGGCCGCAGGAAGAUGUUUUCCCUGCUCAGGACGACACUGUCCAUCCCUGAGCUUCCCGACGAGGUCACCAAGCUCACUGUCAACGUUCUCCGCGACAUUUGUGCCCCGGACAAUGCAGGCGAGCGCGAAUUCUGCAGCGUGGUCCUUGAGGCCGUGGCCGAUGUGCACGAUACGAUUGUUGAUGAGCCGAACGACGACGAGAGCUUCCACUCAGCCAAGUCUGAAGUCGACGAGGAUGAGGAGCGCCAUGGCAGGCAUGGAAAGGCGGAUAAGGAUGACGAACUGACGGAAGAAGAGGCGCACGCAAAGGCCGUCAAGGAGAUCGUCAUCAACAUGAAGUGUCUGCACAUUGUCCAGUGCAUGCUGACCAACGUCUCCGGCAGCCUGCAGGAGAAUGACCACCUGGUCUCCAUGCUCAACAACCUGGUCGUGCCGGCUGUCCGUAGUCACGAGGCGCCGGUACGUGAGCGUGGUCUGUUGUGCCUGGGACUCUGCUCCCUGCUGGACAGGUCAUUGGCUGAAGAGAACUUGACACUGUUCAUGCACUUCUUCAGCAAGGGCCACACCGCGCUUCAGAUCACCGCCCUGCACAUCCUUACAGACAUCCUUAACGUGCACGGAGCCCAGCUCCUGUCCAACAACCCAACGCUUAUGAGGGUCUACGUGAAGGCCCUCCGCUCAGGCUCCAAGUCCCCCGAGAUCCAAGCCGUUGCUACCAUCGCAGCCUCCAAGCUCCUGCUCGGCCGUGUUGUCACUGAUCCCGAUGCCUCUGCCGAGUUUCUCAAGACCUUGGUGAUCGCCUACUUCGAGCCCGCCUCCUCGCAGAAUCAGAGCGUACGCCAGGCACUGAACUACUUCCUGCCCGUGUUCUGCUACUCGCGUCCCGAGAACCAGGACCUCAUGCGGGCGGUGGCGCUUGAGGCGCUGCAUGCACUAUACAACGUGCGAGAGGGCCUAGACGAUGACGAUGCCGACGUGGAUGAUGAGAUGGUUAGCCUUGCGACCAUCGGUGCUUGUCUGGUGGACUGGACAGAUCCGAGGAAGUGUUACAGCCCGGACGCGAGCACAGAAGCCGAGAAGAAAAACAUAAAUGGAGAUGUGCACCUCGAAUUCGCACGGAACAUACUCGAGAGGUUGGAUUCAAGCUGCAGCAAGGAAGAAAAGAAGGUCGUCGCGGCCCUCCUCGGCAAGCUCUACAUCUCGCCCGCCUCGACCGAGGAAAAGAUUCGCGAGCUCUACACCGAGGUCUCGGAAGCCGUCGAGAUGAAUCUCAUCUCGGACACGACAGGUCGUAACGCCCUGUAUAAAAUCCACGUAUCCCUCGGCAAGAUCGUCAACACCCUGGACCAAGCCAAGGAAUCCGGCAGGCGCAGGUCGACCAUGAGCCGUAGCGUGUCGCUCGGGCCUGACGUGCACGUCGGUGCUGGCGCCGGCGCCGGCCCUUCUGCACGAGGCGCGACGGCCGAGCCGCGGAUCAAGGAGGAGGACGAGGACGAUGAUGGCGAUGGGCUCAACGAGGGCACGGUCAUUCAGAAUAUGGACGUCACCACCAAGACGGAACCUGGAGACGACGACUCGCUUGUGAGCGAACUGUUGGAUGAUGACGGGGACACGAUUAUGGGUUAA